ACAUAGUCACUGAAAAUGAUGGAUACAAUAGAGGGGGAAGAUGAAAUUCAGUUUCUGCGAACUAGGGAUGAGUUGGUGUUGAGGUGUUGCUCGUCAGGCCCUCAUCUGCAGAAACUGUGUUUAGCUGCAGAAGGUUUUGGUGACCCCCUGUGUUUUCUGGAGUCCACCUCCAACUCCAAGAAUGUUCCAGCAGACCUUUCUGUGUGCGUGUUUCUUCUUGACCAGUGUCUGUCUGUCCGAGCGCUACAGGAGAUGCUGGGCAACCAUGAAGACCUGUGGGCAGGGAUCUUGUUUUUGUGUUAGUCACCCGAAGCAGGUGGGCGUCGUACUCUGCUCUAUGGCCAGGCAGUGCUGUUCCGACACGCCUACAGUGAUAUGUAUCUGUGCUGUCUGUCCACGUCAGGGCUCUCCUCCGACAAACUGGCUUUUGAUGUUGGUUUGCAGGAGGACACAAAGGGCGAGGUGUGCUGGUGGACGGUUCACCCCGCCUCCAAGCAGAGGUCAGAGGGUGAGAAAGUCAGAGUGGGUGAUGAUCUCAUUCUAGUUAGUGUUUCCUCUGAGAGAUACCUACAUGUGUCAUGGAGUUACAGUAACAAUAAUGAGAAUGGCAUUGGCAGAGUGGAUGCUGCCUUUCAGCAAACAUUGUGGAGUGUGGCUUCUGUGUCCUCUGCGACUGUAGAAACAGGAGGUCAUCUGAGAGGAGGCGACACUGUGCGUCUGCUACAUGGACACACAGAUGAGUGUCUGACCAUUCCAGCAGCUGAACACAAAGCGGAGGAGCGCAGAUCUGUCUAUUUUGAGGGAGGCUUGGCGUCUCUUCAGGCUCGAUCACUGUGGAGGCUUGAGAAGUUGCAUGUUGUGUGGAGUGGUAGCCACACUCACUGGGGUCAGCCUUUCCGUAUUAGACACCUUACUACUGGAUCAUACUUGGGAUUGACUCAUAAUCAGGCACUGCAGCUGAUCGAACGAGAGAGAGCGGAUGUUAAAAGUACUGCAUUCUGUCUUCGUGCAUCAAAGGAGAAGUUCAACUUUUUUGAGAGGAGAGAUGGUAUGGGUGCACCUGAGAUCAAAUACGGAGACUCUCUUUGUUUUGUCCAGCACGUUGACACUGGGUUGUGGCUCACUUAUCAGACCAAUGACACCAAGAGAGAGAAGGAAAGAGUGCCACAGAGACAGGCUAUUCUGCAAGCGGAGGGUCACAUGGAUGAUGGAAUUACACUCUCUCGCUCUCAGAGGGAGGAGUCUCGGGCUGCUUGUUUAAUACGAAGCUCUACCCUUCUCUUCUCACAACUGAUUAGGGGACUUGAUGAUGUGAGUCAGAAAGAAAAUAUUACUGUUUUGGAUCUUCCAGUUGAGAUAGUUCGUCUGACCCUCCAGGAUUUGAUUGGUUAUUUUCAGUCACCUCAGUUGGCGAAAGGCCACAAAGUCAGAAAGGCAGAUAUUAGUGCUCUGAAGAACAGACAAAAUCUGUUUCAAGAUGAGGGUAUAAUCGCACUGGUGCUGGACUGCAUUGACCACCUGCAUGUGUACAACAGUACAGCCCAUUUUGCUCAGGCUGCUGGGAAAGAGGCAGGAGAGUCAUGGGAAAUGAUCUUGAACUGUUUUUAUGAGUUGCUAGCUGCCCUAAUCAGGGGUAAUCGGAAAAACUGUGCCCACUUUUCUGGCUCCUUGGACUGGUUGGUCAGCAGAUUGGAGAGACUGGAAGCCUCCUCUGGAAUUUUGGAAGUGCUACAUUGUGUUUUAGUGGAAAGUCCCGAAGCUUUGAAUGUAAUCAAAGAAGGUCACAUAAAAUCUAUCAUCUCUUUACUGGAUAAACAUGGACGGAACAAUAAGAUCCUGGAUGUGUUGUGUUCACUCUGUGUGUGUCAUGGCGUGGCUGUUCGCUCUAAUCAACAUUUGAUAUGUGACACACUGCUGCCAGAAAGAGAUCUGCUGCUACAGACAAGACUAGUCAAUCAAGUUGUCAGUGUACGUCCAAACAUCUUCCUAUGUGCAAGAGAUGAUUGUGCCCAGUACAGGAAGUGGUAUUAUGAGGUGCAAGUUGAGAAGGCAGAGCCUUUUGUGACAGCAGAGCCCACUCACUUGCGUGUGGGUUGGGCCAGCUCUGAGGGGUACAGUCCCUCCCCUACAGGGGGUCAUGGCUGGGGGUCAAAUGGUGUAGGAGAUGACCUCUGUUCAUAUGGUUUUGAUGGGCUUCAGCUAUGGACAGGUGGGGUUGGUCGAAGGGUCAGCUCACCCAAUCGGCACCUGUUAAGAGAUGAUGAUGUUAUUAGUUGCUGCCUUGACCUUAGUACAACCUGCAUCUCCUUCAGAGUAAAUGGACAGCCAGUUCAAGGCAUGCUGGAAAACUUCAAUGUAGAUGGGCUGCUGUUUCCUGUGGUCAGCUUCUCUGCUGGAGUGCAGGUACGUAUGCUGUUCGGAGGGCGGCAGGGUGAGUUUAAGUUUCUUCCUCCAGCUGGUUUCUCCCCGUGUGCGGAAGCUCUCCUCCCCAAAACACGCUGCAAGCUGGAACUGUGUCAUGAACUCACACGAAAUCACACUGGAAGUCAACGUGACCUCUUAGGCCCUGUCAUACUUUCUAUCCCAGUGACCUUUACCCCCACUCCAGUGGACACCAGCAAGGUUGAACAUCCUCCACAGCUGGAGCAAAUCAGAGAGCGAUUAGCAGAAAACCUCCAUGAACUUUGGCUCAUUGACAAAAUAGAGCAGGGUUGGACCUAUGGACCCGUCAAAGAUGAGGCUAAAGGAGUACAUCCUUGUCUAGUUGAGUUUCCCAAACUCCCAGAUCAGGAGAGAAUUCAUAAGCUUCAGUCAUCUGAGGACAUUCUCAGGACUCUUCUGGCUUUCGGCGUCCAUAUUGGACUAUCUGAUGAACAUGCUGAGGAGAAUGUGAAAUAUAUUCAACUUUCAAAUAAGUAUGAGCUAUGGAACGGAUAUAAACCAGCCCCUGUGGAUCAGUCCCGUAUUGUACUAACAGCUGCUCAGGAAGAGUUGGUUGACAAACUGGCUGAAAAUGAGCACAACAUCUGGGCCAGAGAGCGUAUUAGGCAGGGCUGGAGCUAUGGACCACACCAGGUGGAAAUCAACAAUGAUGUGAAGUGUAAGAGAAGCACUCAACUGGUGCCGUUUUCCCUGUUGGAUGAAAAGAGUAAACAGGCUGGUAAAGAUGCCAUGAGGGACGUACUGGGGACACUUCUUGGGUUUGGAUACACUGUGGAACCCCUGGAGCAAGAACAUUAUUCGGGAAGCAAUGAUUCGGUGAGUUCUGAGAGAUUUCGAAUUUUCCGUCUGGAGCAGCCCUUUGCAGUGCAUUGUGGGAAAUGGUACUUUGAGUUUGAAGCCGUAACUGAUGGAGAGAUGAAAGUCGGCUGGGCACGACCAGGAUGUAAACCUGAUGUUGAUCUUGGUUCAGAUGAUCAGGCCUUCGUGUUUGAUGGCUCUAAGGGGCAGUGGUGGCAUGGUGGUGCAGAGCAACUUGGCGGCUUAUGGAAGAGAGGGGAUGUAAUUGGCUGUUUGCUGGACCUGACUAGAUGCACCAUGAUGGUCACUCUUAAUGGAGAGUUAUUUCUAAACAAUUGUGGUUCAGAGCUGGCUGCCAAAGACUUCAAUAAGUCUGAUGGUUUCCUGCCUGUUUGUAGUGUAGGGAUGAACCAGGUGGGUCGUCUAAAUUUGGGUCGCCAGGUUGAAUCACUGAAAUACUUUAAUGUGUGCGGCUUACAAGAGGGUUACCAGCCCUUUGGUCUGAACAUGAGCAAAGAUCUGCCUCUGUGGAUGAGCUGGAAAGAACCCUUAUUCAUUCCUGUACCUGAAGACCAUCCUAACAUACAGGUCACAAGAUUUGAUGAACCAAUUGAUCACACCCCAUGUCUGAAAGUCACUCAGAGACUUUUUGGAAAACAACAUGGCAGCAAAGGUGAUUUUGGGUUUUAUCGCCUGAGCAUGCCAAUAGAGUGUGCACAGAUGUUCUCCAACCCCAGCGAGGGCACUGUGCCCCCCAGCAGUGGUGUGCUGUGCCAUCUCAGAGAGCAAGAGGAAGGAGAGGCAGAUUCUGACUUUGAGUUACUGAUGAAAGCUCACAGAUAUGCAGGAUCCAGAGAUGAACUCAAUAAUCACAAGGACCACGGUCAGGAAAAACCAUCCAAACUCAAGCAGCGGUUUCUGAUGAAGAAGAAACCAGAGUUAAACACUAGCCACUCAUCAGCACGGCUGUUGGAGGAAGUGCUGGCCAUUGAGAGAGAUGAAGACAACAGCCUUGUUCACUGCACUAUGUAUUACUACUCAGUGAGAAUCCCUCACAGUCAGGAGCCUUCUUAUGUCUGGGUGGGGUGGGUAACCUCUAAUUUCCACCAUCAUGAUGUUACCUUUGACCUGGACAGCAUUUGCACUGUCACAGUCACACUUGGGGAUGAAUGGGGCAAAGUUCAUGAGAGUGUCAAACGCAGUAGCUGUUACAUGGUGUGUGCAGCAGAGGGCAGUAAUCUGUCUCAGAGUCGCAACAGCAGUGGCCUAGAGAUUGGAUGCCUGGUUGACACGGCAACAGGUGUCCUGACAUUCACUGCUAAUGGCAAAGAGCUUGGAACGUUCUACCAGGUGGAACCUGGUACCAAGCUCUUCCCUGCUGUGUUUGCUAAAGCAACCAGUCCUAAUGUCUUCCAGUUUGAGCUGGGACGUAUUAAGAAUGUGAUGCCGUUGUCGGCGGGGGUUUUUCGGAGCGAGAAGAGGAACACAAAUCCUCAAUGCCCUCCCAGACUGUGUGUUCAGUAUCUAAAGCCCAUGCGGUGGACCCGGGUACCCGACCAUGCUCAGCCUGUGGAGGUGACCCGACUGGAGGAGAGAUAUGGCUGGAGAGCUCGCUUUACUCGGAUCCAACAGGUUAUGACCCUGCACAUACCUGAGGAGAGCAGGUGUGUGGACAUUCUUGAAUUAUCUGAACUGAACAACCUUCUCAAAUUCCAUGACCAGACCCUUCGUCUCUACUCUGCCCUCUCAGCCCACGGGAACACACAUGUGAGCCACGCCCUCUGCAGCCAUGUGGACCAAUUGCAACUCUUGUUCGCCUUGCAAUGCUCUAGAAUGCCAGGUCAUCUGCGCACAGGUUACUACAAUCUCCUCGUCAAUACCCACCUUAGUGCCCACGCCAGUGCCAGGCAGGCCAUGAACCAUGAAUAUAUUGUGCCCAUGACUGAUGCCACACAGUCCAUUACACUCUACAAAAAUCAGAAGAAAGCACAGAGAUUCCCAGGAAGUGACCUCAGCACGUCUUUGUGGCCAAGAAUGCACUUCACAUCACCUUGUUUUAUCAGAGCUGAUCGAAUAGGUUUGAUUGACAGUGAUGGGGGCAGAGCUAUUUUGAGUAACUUGUGCCAAGACAGCCCUGAGUUCCCACUGGGUAUAUUAAAAGCUGUUGUCAUAGCAAUGCUGAAGGAUGCCGUAACAGUGGUAGGGCAAUGUGUGAGGGAUCCUGCAGGGGGCAGCAUUGAGCUCCUGCUGGUUCCUCUGCUUGGUUUGCUUCAUACACUCUUGUUGAUGGGUGUGUAUCAAGGGACAGAUCUGGAGGCUGUGUUUAGUCUCAUUUUGCCAGACAGUUUCAUGAAAGGAACAUGUAGAGCAGAAGAGCUGGAUGAACUGGAAGAAAGUGUUGGAGAGGAAAGGGAGGGUAGAAAUUGGGAGGAUAAUGUGCCUCAACAAUGUCUUCUUCAGAUGAAACUUCCAGAGGCUGUCAAAUUACAGCUGUGCCACCUUCUCCACUACCUGUGUGACUGCCAGGUGCGUCACAGAGUAGAGGCUUUGGUGGCAUUCUCAAUUGACUUUGUAGGUCAUCUUCAAGACAAUCAACACUUCCGGUACAAUGAAGUCAUGGGUGCGCUUAACAUGUCUGCUGCCCUCACUGCACGCAAAACCAAAGAGUUCCGCUCUCCCCCACAGGAACAGAUCAACUUAAUGCUGAACUUCCGGGAGUGUCAGGUAUGUCCUUGUCCAGAGGAGAUCCAAGAUCUGCUGUGGGAAUUCCAUCAAGAUCUAAUGAGUCACUGCGAAAUUGAGACAGACAGCGUUUCAGAGAAUGAGAGUAAAGAUGACCUGUUUGUCAAGAAUCACCUCCAAGGCCUAGUGGAUAAAAUAAUUCGUUUCAAGAGGCGGAUGUCUGGCCUAGCUGAGAAGAUUGUGAACAAACCGGUGUCUCUGAAGCAGCUGAUAUCAGAGACCAUGCUAAGCUGGGCCCAGGAUGGGGCUAUAGAGGACCCAGCUCUGGUGCAUGCUGUGUUCAGCUUGCUUCAUCAACAGUAUGCUGGGCUAGGUGGUCAGAUGUCUACACCACUACAGAAGGCUUACUGUAUCAGCCAGAACUCUGUGGAAGACACUCUCAACCUGCAGUGGGCACUAGCACGCAUUCGUUCAUUGCUCACGGCCAGGAUGGGCAAAGAAGAAGUGGAACUCAUGAUCAGAGGACUAGGUGACAUCAUGAACAAUAAAGUCUUCUAUCAGCACCCUAAUUUGAUGAGAGCUCUGGGGAUGCACAAGACUGUCAUGGAAGUUAUGGUGAAUGUCUUGGAUGCUAGAGAGUCCAAGGAAAUCAUGUUUCCCAAGAUGGUUGCACACUGCUGUCGUUUCCUUUGUUAUUUCUGUCGAAUCAGCCGCCAAAAUCAGAAGGCCAUGUUUGAUCAUCUCAGCUACCUGCUGGACAACAGCAAUGUUGGACUUGCUUCUCCCUCAAUGAGAGGAUCGACCCCUCUAGAUGUGGCUGCCGCCUCUGUGAUGGACAACAAUGAGCUUGCACUUGCUCUCACUGAGCCAGAUCUGGAGAAAGUGGUGCAGUAUUUGGGAGGCUGUGGUUUGCGUAGUUGUGCUCUGCUGGUCUCUAAAGGAUACCCAGAUAUUGGUUGGAAUCCUGUAGAGGGAGAACGUUACCUGAACUUUCUCCGCUUUGCAGUAUUUUGUAAUGGUGAGAGCGUUGAGGAGAAUGCCUAUGUGGUGGUGAGGCUUCUGAUUCGCCGGCCCGAAUGCUUCGGUCCUGCCCUGCGAGGGGAGGGGGGAAAUGGUCUCUUGGCUACCAUGGAGGAAGCCAUCAGAACUUCUGACCAACUGGAUGGAAUCAGUUCAGCCAGUACACACAGUUCCAAAAGGACUCUUGACACACUUGAUGAUGAAGAUGAUAAUUUCAUCCAUAUGGGACAUGCCACAAUGACCUUCUAUUCUGCUCUUAUCGAUCUGUUAGGCCGCUGCGCCCCUGAGACACAUCUUAUAGAAGCAGGUAAAGGUGAAGCUACCCGCAUCAGGGCCAUCCUUAGGUCUCUUGUUCCCAGAGAGGAUCUGGAGGGAAUCAUCAAUAUCCCUUUCAGUCUACCAACCGUGAACACAGAUGGUCAAGUGGUGGAGCCAGACAUGUCUCGACUAUUCUGUCCGGAUCACAAAGCGGCCAUGGUGCUGUUUUUGGACCGGGUUUAUGGAGUUGAGGACCAGCAGUUCUUGCUACGUCUACUGGAGUGUGGUUUCCUGCCUGACCUGCAAGCUGCUGUUAACAUAGACAAUACUGGGUUGGGCGGAACAGACAUGGCGCUGGCCCUGAACCGAUACAUAUGUGUUGCUGUGCUCCCAUUACUGAGUAAGUAUUCCUCUCUGCUCUGUGACUCUACAUCGCUGCAUGUUGAGCCAGUGGAUGAUCUCCUGCAGGGUGUGUACAGCCUCUCCAAAGCCAGUGGACUGACCAAAGCCCAGAGAGACGCCAUCCAGGACUGUCUGCUGGCUGUGUGUGGAAAACUAAAGCCUUCAAUGUUGCUGUCUCUUCUGCGUAAUCUUGUGUUUGAUGUUCCUCAACUAUCAGAAAAUUCCAAGAUGCCACUGAAGUUGCUUAACAAUCAUUAUGAGCAGAACAGGAAGUACUACUGUUGGAAUGAACGUUGGGGUGGCUUUGGUUUAGCCUCAGAGGAAGAACUUCGCCUGACCAGGAGGCUGUUUUGGGGCAUAUUCAGUGCACUUGCCAAAAAGUCAUAUGAUGCAGACCUGUUCAAAUUGGCCCUCGGUUGUCUCAGUGCGGUUGCUGGGGCGAUUCCUCCCAACCAUAUUGACCUAAGCUGUACAGGUGGACGAGAGAAACACUCUGUGAUGGACUCGGAGAGACUGUUUUGUCCUCGGCCCCUGGACACCUCAAAUGUGACUAUCCCAGAGAGGCUGGAGUUUGUGGUGAAUAAAUAUGCUGAACACACACAUGAGAAGUGGUCACUGGACAAGUUUGCUAAUGGUUGGGUCCAUGGAGAGCAGCUUUCUGAGAGCUCUAAAGUUCACCCACUCCUGAAACCUUACAGAGCUCUGUCUGAGAAGGAUAAAGAAGGUUAUCGAGCGGCCAUUAAAGAGACAGUGAAGUGCAUGGUGAUCUUGGGUUGGACUAUUGAGAGGACAACAGAAGGAGAGACACAAGGCUUUCACAACCCAGCCAGGAGAAUUUCACAGUCUGGUCAGCUGUCCUUUGAAGGAGCCUCAACAUUCAGUCCUAAGCCUGUGGACACCAGCAGUGUCAUUCUGUCCUGGGAUCAGUAUGCUAUGGCUGAGCAGUUGGCUGAGAAUUAUCAUCACAUCUGGGCUGUGAAGAAGCUGCAGGAACUGAAGAGUAAAGGAGGGGGCAGUCAUCCCCUGCUUGUUCCAUAUGAUGCUUUGAGUGUUAAAGACAAGAGUCAUGUAAGAGGCAAAGCUCAAGAUGUUCUCAAGUUCUUCCACAUCAAUGGGCACUCGGUGAAAAGAAACAGAAAGGUGGCAGAUGCCGACUCCCCAGCGAUUGCCAGCCGCUUUGCUUACGGCCUGCUCCAGCAAGCCCUCUGCCUCACUGAGAAAGCCCAAGAGCAGUUACUUGAGCUGGAGAUUGCUCAGGCCCAAAGGCAGAUUAACAAGACUGAGAAAGUUCCCCAUGAACAGCAAAUGUAUUUCUUCAUUAAGGUUAUAUUGCCACUGGUUGAUCAAUACUUCAGAAAUCACUAUCACUACUUCCUGUCUACUACAAUGUCUUCCCUUAGAGAUGGUUUUCAGUCCUCCAGCAAAGAGAAAGAAAUGGUGACUAGUUUGUUCUGUAAACUUGGAGCUCUAGCCAGAUGCAGAAUCUUUCUGUUUGGAAAUGAUGCCCUUGCCGUGGUGAGCUGCCUACAAAUCCUGGCACAGUCCUUGGAUGGCAGGACAAUAAUGAAAGCUACUGAAUCAGUCAGGGUGUCACUGUGGUCAUUCUUUGAAGCUGCAGCAGAGGAUCUAGAACUAACUGUGGAAAAUGUGAUCCGGGAGGACUAUGGACUGAUCCGAGCCCAGAUCAGGGGAGACAGUGAGGUCAUAACAUACACCAUCACUGCCCUGAUCCCAGUGCUAACUGCUCUGUUCCAGCAUGAAUCACACAGGCAGCACGGAGGAGGACUGAUUGUGGAUGAAGUGCAGACCUACUGUUACAGGAUCCUCAGCAGUCUCUACAUUCUUGGCACCACUAAUGGCACCUUUAUAGAGAGGCAGAGGUCAGUCCUGGGGGAGUGUCUGGCUGCAUUAUCUGCAGCCUUUCCUGUGUGUUUCUUGGAGCUGAGUGACCUUUAUUCCCCCUCCGACACUAUACAUAAUGAAGAGAAUGAAGCCGAGAGAGCCUGUAGGAUCCUCCCCUCUUUUCAAGAAGCUUUAUUAGAGGUUGAAGAGCUUGUAGGGGCGGGGUCAGCUGCCCGCCACGCCCUUUUAUCUGUGGUCACGGAGGUGACACUUCCUCUAUUGUGUAGUUACAUCUCUCGAUGGGGGGAAGCUGGUAACCAGACAUCCCAGGAUGGGCACUGUUCCUCUGUCACACCCCAACAUACGAGUGCCCUACUGGGUUACAUCCUUUCCAUCAUCCAUGCCCACUUGGGGACUGCAGAUAGUGCUUGGAUGAAACGGCUUGCAGUGUUUGCCCAACCAAUCUUCAGCACGGCAGAGCCACACCUCCUGAAGAAUCACUUUCUGCCUCUGAUGGAAAAGUUAAGGAAGAUGGCGGAGUCAGUGUUGCUGGAGGAGGAGCAUUUGAAAACAGAGGGGCGUGGUGAUGUCUCAGAGCAGGAGUUGGACAUCCAGAAAAGGUUUACAGUGUUGAUGCAAGAUAUCUACGCAUUUUACCCUUUACUCAUUCCAUUUAUAGAGCUCCACAGAAUUAGUUGGCUAAGAGAGGUGAACGUAGAUGCUGAGCGGCUGUUCACCCUUGUAGCUGAAGUCUUCAUUUUCUGGGCUAAAUCUCAUAAUUUCAAAUGGGAAGAACAGAACUUCAUUGUUCAAAAUGAAAUCAACAACAUGACAUUCUUGAUGAACAGCAGCAAAAGUGCGAUAGCCAAGGGAGGGGUGUUUGACCAGGAGAGGAGGAAGAUGAAGAGGAAGGGCGAUCGUUACUCCACACACACUUCUCUCAUUGUUGUUGCGCCAAAAAAACUCCUCUCCGUUGCCCUGAAUGGAUGUUGCCAUGGCGAUCAGGGCCUGGUUGCCAUGGCCAAAAAACGUUUCUUUGAGAGAGACACUGAGGAUGAGGUCAGAGAAUUCAUUCGAAACAACCGGCAACAGGAUCUGUGUGAGGGCACAGUAGAUCCCCUCAGUGUUGAGAGAGUUUUAAACAUCGCUUGUGUCCUUUUCCACCUGGAUCAGGUGGAGCGGCCUCAGAAGAUAAAGAGGGCAGUGUGGCAUAAAAUGCUGUCCAAACAGAGGAAACGGGCUGUAGUGGCAUGUUUGAGAAUGGCUCCUUUGUACAAUCUUCCCAGGCAUAGAGCAGUGAAUCUUUUUCUGCAGGGUUAUGAGAGAGUCUGGCUGAAGGCAGAGCUUGACUCACCUGAGGACAGACUGAUUGAGGAUUUAGCUAAAGCAGGUCAUGUAGAGAUUGUGAAGGAUGGAGCAGAGCAGAGUAAAACAAUUGAUCCACUUUGUCAGCUUAUCAGUCUAUUCAGUCAAAGUGCCCUGACUGAGAAAAGUAAACUAGAAGAAGAUUACUUAUACAUGUGCUAUGCUGAUAUAAUGGCCAAGAGUUGCCAAAGUGAGGAAGAUAAGGAUGAAGAUGGGCUGAAAUCAUUUGAGGAAAAAGAGAUAGAAAAGCAGAGGUUGCUGUAUCAGCAGGCCCGACUUCAUGAACGCAGAGCUGCAGAGAUGGUUUUACAGAACCUGAGUGCCAGCCGAGGUGAUAUGGGACCUAUGGUGGCGCCCACAUUGAAGCUCGGCAUUGCUAUUUUAAAUGGAGGGAACACUUCUGUCCAGCAGAAAAUGCUGGAUUACUUGCGACAGAAGAGAGAUGUGGGCUUCUUUCACAGUAUAGCUGGCCUAAUGCAGUCUUGCAGCGUGCUGGAUUUGAAUGCAUUUGAGAGGCAGAUCAAAGCAGAGAGUUUAGGAGUGGGUGCUGAGGACAAUUCAGGUGAUAGGGUAAUGGCAGAUGAACAACUGACCUGUGAUCUUUUCCGAUUUCUUCAGCUUCUUUGUGAAGGCCAUAACACAGAUUUCCAGAAUUACCUGAGGACACAAUCUGGAAACAACACAACUGUCAACAUCAUUAUCUCUACUGUGGAUUAUCUGCUGAGGGUCCAGGAGUCCAUCAGCGAUUUCUACUGGUAUUAUUCAGGGAAGGAUGUGAUUGAUGAGCGUGGUCAGCACAACUUCUCAAAAGCCAUCAGCGUGGCCAAACAGGUGUUCAACACACUAACUGAAUACAUUCAGGGUCCAUGUACAGGUAACCAGCAGAGUCUGACACAUAGUCGUUUGUGGGAUGCUAUAGUGGGCUUCCUCCAUGUGUUUGCACAUAUGCAGAUGAAGCUUUCUCGGGAUUCCAGCCAGAUAGAGUUACUGAAGGCUUUGAUGGACUUACAAAAAGACAUGGUGGUAAUGCUGCUUUCCAUGCUUGAAGGAAAUGUGGUGAAUGGGACCAUUGGCAAACAGAUGGUAGACAUGCUGGUAGAAUCAUCCAGCAAUGUCGAGAUGAUCCUCAAGUUCUUCGAUAUGUUCCUCAAACUCAAAGACCUCACAUCCUCUGAAGCCUUUAGAGAAUAUGACCCAGACUGCAGAGGACUCAUUUCCAAGAAGGACUUCCAGCGAGCCAUGGAAGGCUUCAAGCGGUAUUCCCAAUCAGAGACUGAAUUCCUGCUGUCCUGUGCUGAGACGGGGGAAACAGAACUUCUAGAUUACCCGGAUUUCGUGGCACGUUUUCAUGAACCGGCCAAAGACAUCGGGUUCAAUGUGGCAGUUCUUCUGACCAAUCUGUCUGAGCAUAUGCCCAAUGAUGUCCGUUUGCAAAAUUUUCUGGAGCUGGCAGACAGUGUGCUCAAGUACUUCCAACCUCACCUGGGAAGGAUUGAAAUCCUGGGCAGCGGGAAACGGAUUGAGAGGGUCUACUUUGAGAUCAGCGAAUCUAGCCGCACACAGUGGGAGAAACCACAGGUGAAGGAGAGCAAACGGCAGUUCAUCUUUGAUGUUGUGAACAAAGGAGGAGAGAAAGAGAAGAUGGAACUAUUUGUCAACUUCUGCGAAGACACUAUAUUUGAGAUGCAGCUUGCUGCUCAGAUCUCAGGUUCAGAGAGUGGAGAGGAACUAAAAGCAAAUGAUGAAGAGGAGGAGAAAGAAAAGGUAGAAAAGGGUGAAAACCUUGCAGAAGACAUCAGGAUGACCAAAGACUCGAGAUGUUUCUCCAUGAUGAAUUUUCUCUCCAUAAGGAAGAUCAGAAAGCACAUACAAAAGAUAACUAUCAAGGGUAUCAUCUCAGCGGUCUUUUCCUUCUUCCAGAACAUUCUUCUGUUUAUCACUCGUGCCUUUUUGGGUAUGGUUUGGUUUUGUCUUUAUCUACUCUACCACAUCUUCUUGAGUGGAUGGAUUAUUGACGUGGCUAAAGAGAUGAAACUGGCUGACCUUUUGGGAAACCUUCGGGAUCCAACCAUGGUUGAGGUCACAGGGGUCAGCGAAGGUGCCGACAAAGAGAAUAACAGUUACACAUGUGCAUUUUCGUCUCAGAGUAAUUUAAGAGGCAUGAGUCUGGAUCUGUCUGCAGUGUCCAGGGACCCCCAGCGCCUCACAGAUAUUUUCGGCCUGUGUCUGAAGAAGGAGGGAGGAAAGUACACCUUGUUGAGCAGUGACCAACACACCAGCGUGGAUGAAUUUCUAAACACAUCCAAAUAUCAGGUGGAAAUCUCUGAGGAGGCUUUUCAAGAGGUGCAGGAGGAGAAGGAUUCAGAGACUGAGAAUGCUAUUGGAAAAGAGGUUGAAAAGAGAGCGAGGAAGAAGAGAGUUAGAAAGCUAAGCUCUCCCAAACCUGAGGAAAGUGAAAUCCAGGAAUCGGCCAUUUGGAAAAUGAUCAGCUCUCACAAGACCAGACUUCUGAACUGUUUUGCCAGAAAUUUCUACAACAUGCGAUUGUUGGCUUUGUUCCUCACUUUUGCCAUCAAUUUCAUUCUCCUGUUCUACAAGGUGUCAUCGUCCAUGGAUGAAGAUAAUGAUGAUGAAGAGGUGGUGACUGCCCUUAUAAAUGACAGAAUCAAGGAUUCACAGGCAGUGCAUUUUGAACUGGAAGAGAACAGUGGCUACAUGAAAAUGAUUUUACACAGUCUGGCUGUCCUGCACACUCUCAUCUCACUGUGCUGCAUCAUCGGAUACUAUUGUCUGAAGGUUCCUUUAGUAAUUUUUAAGCGAGAAAAGGAGCUGGCUCGUAAACUGGAGUUUGAUGGACUCUACAUCACAGAGCAACCUUCUGAGGACGACAUUAAAGGCCAGUGGGACAGAAUGGUCAUCAGCACGCUGUCAUACCCAAGUAAUUAUUGGGAUAAAUUUGUGAAGAGGAAGGUGAUGGCAAAAUAUGGAGAGAUGUACGGUUCAGCACGCGUCAGUGAGCUGCUGGGUUUAGAUAAAGCUGCUCUUGACUUCAGCUCUGAGGCUCAGGAGAGGAAGAAACCUGUGCAAAAGGGAGCCGUCACUACCCUUUUUAGAUUAAAUACCAUUGAUAUGAAGUACCAGAUAUGGAAGCUGGGAGUGGUUUUCACUAACAAUUCCUUCCUUUAUCUGGCCUGGUAUAUGUUUGUGUCAGUUCUGGGCCAUUAUAACAACUUUUUCUUUGCCGCUCACCUGUUGGACAUCGCCAUGGGCUUCAAAACAUUGCGCACCAUACUGUCAUCAGUUACGCAUAAUGGAAAACAGCUGGUUUUGACAGUAGGGCUACUGGCCGUGGUUGUGUAUCUCUACACUGUGGUCGCCUUUAACUUCUUCCGCAAGUUUUACAACAAGAGUGAAGAAGGAGAAUCGGUGGAUAUGAAAUGUGAUGACAUGCUCACAUGUUACAUGUUUCACAUGUACGUUGGCGUUCGAGCUGGAGGAGGGAUUGGAGAUGAAAUCGAGGAUCCAGCCGGUGAUGAGUUUGAGUUCUAUCGUAUCAUCUUUGACAUCAGCUUCUUCUUCUUUGUUAUUGUCAUCCUCCUUGCUAUCAUUCAGGGUCUAAUUAUUGAUGCAUUUGGGGAAUUGAGAGACCAGCAGGAGCAGGUUAAAGAGGACAUGGAGACUAAGUGUUUUAUCUGUGGCAUUGGGAGUGAGUACUUUGACACGGUGCCCCAUGGAUUUGAGUCACACACACUGCAAGAGCACAAUCUGGCCAACUACCUGUUCUUUCUGAUGUACCUCAUCAAUAAAGAUGUAACAGAACACACAGGACAGGAAUCAUACGUGUGGAAGAUGUUCCAAGAACGUUGCUGGGAAUUCUUCCCAGUUGGAGACUGCUUCAGGAAACAAUAUGAGGAUCAACUCAGUUGAAGAAUUCCAGUUCACUUCGUACAAUUAAGAAUAAGAGGAUAUUCUGAGAAUAAGAAGAUGAUGUUUGGAUUAGUUCUGUUUUGCAUAUUGAUUUGGUGUAUUACACACUACAUAUAUAUUGUUUAAUAUUACUUAUUGUUGUAUUUAUUGUUUAAUAUUACACAUUGUUUGCAUUUAAGGCACUAAACUGAUGCUGCACUUGUGAGACAUGUCCCAGAUUUCAGUAACAGGGUUGCAAAAAACAAACAAAAAAAAACUUCUAGAAAAUUAGAAAUAAAACUGAAAUCAUAUCAUAUCAUAUCAACAUUAUAAACAAGGUUAAGCAUCUCUGUUGACCCUUUGUUGACAAAGAACAAAAUAAGACUUAAUUUUUAAAGUGAUGCUGCACUUUGUGGUUUUGGGUGGAUAUUAUGUGUUUGUGUGUUUAUAAUUUUACAUUUUAUGUAACUAUUAAUUUUGAAUAAAUUCAGCAUUUAUAAAAUCAUAAAAA